UAGGAUAACUGAGGCAGAAAUUUGUUGGAUCCUCCUGACGCCGCUUGUCUAUAAAUACUUGCUUUGGUCGAUGAUAAAAAUGAAGGAAGAAGACGACGAAGAAGAAGAAAUCGCAACCGGCUGAAUUAAUAUCGAUGGCAAGUCAAGGCAAUGGAAGCUCUGAUGAGUCUAUCUUCAAGACUCCUACCAUUAAGUUUACAAAGCUGUUCAUUAAUGGAGAAUUUGUUGAUUCAGUCUCAGGAAAAACGUUUGAGACGAUAGACCCAAGAAAUGGAGAGGUGAUAGCAAGAAUUGCAGAGGGAGAUAAGGAAGACAUAGAUGUGGCUGUAAAGGCUGCUCGUCAUGCAUUUGACCAUGGCCCAUGGCCCCGCUUGCCUGGUGUUGCGAGAGCAAGGAUUAUGCAUAAAUUUGCAGAUCUAAUUGAAGAAAACGUAGAGGAAUUAGCAGCACUGGAUACUGUUGAUGCUGGAAAGUUGUUCAGUGCAGGCAAAGCUCUGGACAUUCCUCACGUGGCAAGCCUCCUUCGGUAUUAUGCAGGUGCAGCAGACAAAAUCCAUGGAGAAGUGUUGAAAAUGUCAAGGGAGCUCCAAGGGUAUACCCUGCUUGAACCCAUUGGUGUUGUGGGUCAUAUCAUCCCCUGGAACUUCCCUAGCACCAUUUUUUUCAUGAAAGUCGCCCCUGCCUUAGCCGCUGGCUGUACAAUGAUUGUCAAGCCAGCAGAGCAAACACCUCUUUCUGCUCUCUAUUAUGCUCAUCUCUCCAAGCUGGCUGGGAUUCCUGAUGGAGUGAUCAAUGUUGUGACUGGUUUUGGACCAACAGCUGGGGCUGCCCUUUCCUGUCAUAUGGACGUUGAUAAGGUCAGCUUUACUGGGUCUACAGAAGUUGGACAUAAGGUAAUGAAGGCUGCAGCAGAAAGCAAUUUGAAACAGGUUUCACUUGAAUUAGGAGGCAAAUCACCUCUUCUGAUUUUUGACGAUGCUGAUGUAGAUAAAGCUGCUGAGCUUGCCCUCCUCGGCGUCCUGUAUAAUAAGGGAGAAAUUUGUGUUGCAAGUUCACGGGUUUUUGUUCAAGAAGGGAUUUAUGAUGAACUUGUAAAGAAGUUGAUAGAAAAGGCAAAGAAUUGUGUAAUUGGAGAUCCUUUUGAUUCCAAAACUCAGCUAGGUCCACAGGUUGAUAAGCAGCAAUUUGAAAAAAUUCUGUCUUACAUUGAGCAUGGGAAAAGAGAAGGAGCCACAUUGUUAACAGGUGGUAAGCCAUCAAGAAACAAAGGAUAUUUCCUCCAGCCCACCAUUUUCAGUGAUGUUAAGGAGGAUAUGCUCAUAGCAAAGGAUGAAAUCUUUGGACCUGUAAUGUCACUAAUGAAGUUCAAGACUAUCGAUGAGGCAAUUAAAUGUGCAAACAAUACAAGGUAUGGGUUGGCAGCUGGGAUUGUAACAAAGAACUUGGAUGUGGCUAACACAGUUUCAAGAUCAAUCCGAGCUGGAAUUAUUUGGAUCAAUUGUUACUUUGCAUUUGAUAACGAUUGUCCUUAUGGAGGAUAUAAGAUGAGUGGAUUUGGAAGAGAUUUUGGAAUAGAGGCUCUUCAUAAGUUUCUUCAAGUCAAAUCUGUUGUAACCCCUAUUUACAAUUCUCCUUGGCUAUGAACGAAGACGGUGUCGUUUUGGAGAAUUACUGGUCUAAUAACCCUUGGUGAUUUGGAAUGAAAUUACGAACAAUAUAGUCUUGUAUUUGAGGAUUUUAAUAAAAGGCCAUGGCUUUCCUGUUUGAACAA